UUUCAGUGCGGAAGUAAUGGUUGUUUUGGAGUGCACUUCUUGCGAAUAAUGAGUGGUCAGAUGCAGAAGAGCAAUGGAAAAUGACCAGUGUUUGUGUUUUUGCUGUAACUUGAGGUGUUUUUAAAAUGACCGUGUGAUGUUGACGGAGCCCGGAGAAACAUCGGCGACGUGGUCCUGCUAACUUCCAGCUAACUUCUAGCUAACAGCUAGCAGAGGAAGCAGCCAUGGCUGAGGCCGGAGCUCACCUGACCUCCACCGCUGUGAACGAGCAGCCGUCAGUCUUUGAGGUCCUGGCUCAGGAGUCUCUGAUGGAGGCGGUGAAACCUGCUCUGAGACAUGCUGUCAAGGUUCUGGCGGAGACCAACCCGUCCCGUUUCGGCUUUCUUUGGCAGCGCUUUGACGAGCUCUACCUGCUGCUGGACCUCCUCCUCCAGAACCACUUCCUGUCUCACUGCAGCGCCUCCUUCUCUGAGAACUUCUACGGCCUGAAGAGAGUUUCAGGAGGGUGGGGAUUAUCUGUUGGCCUGGGGCUGCACAGGAAGUCACACUGGCGAUCUCUUCUUCUUCUGUGCCUGGUGCCUUACUUGCGGGCCAAGCUGGAGGCGACGCUCGCGCAGCAGAGGGACGAGGCAGACUUCUCCAUCCAACUGGCGCAGUCCAGGAGACAGAGGCUGUACCGGGCGGCCGUAGCAGCCUACCCGUACGUCAGGUCAGCGUGGCAGGCCUUGAGCUUCUGCCAGCAGCUGCUCUUUAUCUUUGGAGUUGCCAGGACCCAUAGUCCCCUGCUGUGGCUGGCCAGGGUUAAACUGGCACGACUUAAUGCGCAAGAUAUCAGAGACAUGGAGCUGAAGAGCAGCAACACUGGAUACCCAGCUGACCAGAGCCUGGUGCAGAAAGUGUGGUGGUUGAUAUCAAGAGCAGCGAGAGGGGUCGCCAUCCCCCUCUCCACCUCCCUCUCCCUGGGCGUCUUUUUCCUGCAGUUCCUGGAGUGGUGGUACUCCUCUGAAAACCAGAGUACUAUGAAAACCCUCACCUCCCUGCCUGCUCCUCCACCCCCUCUCCACCUGCAGGAGGAACGCAGCUGCAGCGAUUCUCCAUCGGUGUCGGCCAAGCGCAGAGAAGAAACCCAGACAGGCUCUGACAGCAGGAACUGUCCUCUGUGCCGGAGGCUUUGCACAAACACCACGGUGCUGUCCACCUCCGGCUUCGUCUUCUGUUACCGCUGCAUCUACAUGUACGUGAAAGCCAACCACCGCUGCCCGGUCACAGGGUAUCCCACUGAACUGCAGCACCUCAUCAAGAUAUACACACCAGAGAGCUAGACUAUACUAACCCCCCCUUUUAUAUUUUAAAAGGUGAAACUCUCAGCAGUCUGUGACGGUUUCCCUCUGCAGCCUCGUGCUGAAUGUUGAUGAGCUGCAGGUGGUGGAAAUACUGUAUAUUUUUUGUUUUUCUUUUGUAUAAAACAGACUUUCCUGUGUACUUACAGUUUUUGAUAAAUUUUUCAGAGCUGAUUUGAUGUGAAGCUUAAUUUCUAUUUCUGACUGAAUAUUUUAAAAAUCUGUAAUGAAUAACUUCUCAGUGGUAAAUGUUGUCUGUGGAGGACACAACUGCUGUAAACUCAGCAUCCCCAAAUCUACUGCAUGUGUGGUGCAGUGUUUUCCCAUUCAUUGGGCUGUAUAUAUUGUUCAAUAAUUUAUUUGUCACUAAUUCCUUGGCAAUUAAACUAUUUGCAAUGGA